CAUUCUUGUAUAAAAGUUUAGUAGUAUUAAUUCAUGGCGCUGUUAUCUUUUGAGAAAGGUCUCACAAGCCUUGGACGUGUUUUUGCAAGCAACAAAGGCUACCGGACACGAACUAAAACGAUUAAUAUCACGAAAAGAAGCGGAUCCAUCGAUGAUAUUUCUUCACAAAGCGUCUCAGAUCAAGAGUCUAAGCAUGCCGUGUGUACAACCUACAUCUGUGUUCCGAUAUGGGAAUGCGUGGAAACCCCUGAAGGAAAAUCGGGAAAAGGUGUACCUGCUAAUGGUGCGAUAGAGAAGAACGCAAAGAAAAGUCAAAAAAUAGGGCGGGGUAAUAGCUUGUAUACCAUUCCUCUAGCAGGCGAUAGUAUAGACAAUGGAGUUUUGAACAGAGGAUGUGUUGAUCCUAUUCCCCGAUCCUCAGUGACUAUCAAAACAUCUAACACACCACCGCAUCGAGAUCCAGCUAAUAGGGCUAGCGAUGAGAGGCGAAGAAAUAGUGGAAUCGCACUACCACGUAGCGCUGAAACACUAGUUGCCAGUGAAACUAAUGUGAAUUGUAGUGGCCAACUAUAUGCAUCACGACCUCAAUCGCGUUCGUCUUCGCAGGGUAGAAGGGCAUCAAUUGAUCAUACUGCCACCCAUGUGUCUGGUAGCGAUUCACUAUCUCUUACAGACGGUUUUUCAAGAUAUCGUAGGUCAAACUCUGUGGCCGACGUGCGAACCGGUGUUUCCAAUGAUUGGUCAGCUGAAGUCAUACAAACUAAUUCUGGCCUAAUUAUCGAAAGCCCACACCCCAACAUUCACCGGAGGGCAAGUGUACAGAAGAUGAUUGAAAGAGGUAGUUCCCAAGGGGGGGUGCGUGUGGGUGCAAACAAGUUUCAGUUUGCAUAUCCCGCUCGUGUAUGUGCGGACACAAAGUCAACUACAAGACCUGACAACCCACAGAAUGAGGCGUCCGAUCGAAUUUGUGUCGAUCCGAUCCCUUGUAUCAUAGAUACCUACGGGCAUUCUGAGUACGACCGGCGUUCGCGCCGCCGGCCUCCUCCUACGCAAGAGUCACAGAAUUUGAUAUACGAGGAAUUGAUGGCGUACAAGUUUUCAGAAAUGCCCGUACACGAAGCUUCUAUGCACAACAUGAAUGUGCAUUUGACUAAAUCACGUGGACGACAGAGGAUGAACCAGCUUCAGGUUCUCGCCAGAGUCGGCUUUCAAACUGUGCCUAGUGCAGCAAACGUGCCGAUUUAGUGUUGCGGUUGUCUUAAAUAAGAGUAAUAGGGAUAUUUCAAUUAAAAUUUUAAAUAGAAUACCUG